GGCAGAGCUUGAUAACAGCAACGGUAGCAGCCUUAUAACCUUACUAAGAACCCAUGCCCCGCAACGCACAAGCGACAGCUCAUUCGGCACCUUUGCCGUUAAACUAUAAUUGUUUUCUGAUUGAAGAGCCGACUUACACCUAGACAACAGCUGGAAGCCAGCUCGCAAUUGAGUGCUACCUUUGAACAGAGAAAGUAUCUUACUGCUACCCUUCGCCAAACGUCAAAGUCAAUGCGGUCCUUCAUUAUAACGCUGGAGCUGUUUCACCGGUCCCGUCGUCACUUUUACUGUGCUUAUUGCUAGAAGUAUUUAUUUUUUCAAAAUAAGGAAGCUUGCCGCCAACAUCCUUCGGAGCCUUAAGAGAUUACAAAGACCUCUCAGAUCGAAAGACAGUCCAACGAGACAGUUUGCUUGGGCUAAAAUAGAAGGGGACGCCAGCUCUCGUUGGAUUGACCCCUUUCAGUAACUAUGGACUGGUUAAUGGGGAAGUCAAAGACGAAGCCGAACGGAAAGAAGCCACCAGUGGAGGAGAAGAAGCCCUACCUGGAGCCAGACUACACCAAAGUGAGGGUCGUCGACUUUGACCUCAAGGAGCUGGUGGUGCUGCCGCCGGAGAUCGACCUGAACGAAUGGCUCGCCAGCAACACCACCACGUUCUUCAAUCUCAUCAACCUCCAGUACAGCACGGUUUCCGAAUUCUGCACAGGAGACACGUGUCCUGUCAUGUCCGCCUGCAAUACGACAUACUACUGGUAUGAUGAGAAGGGAAAGAAGACUAAAUGCACAGCACCACAGUAUGUGGACUUUGUCAUGAGUUCAGUACAAAAACUUGUCACUGAUGAAGACAACUUUCCCACCAAGUAUGGGAAAGAGUUCCCCAAUGCCUUCGACUCGCUGGUGAAGAAGAUCUGUAGAUACCUGUUCCAUGUGCUGGCUCACAUCUACUGGGCGCACUUCAAGGAGACCGUGGCCAUGGACCUGCAUGGACACUUGAACACGCUUUACACACAUUUCAUUGUUUUUAUAAGGGAAUUCAAUCUGAUGGACCCUAAGGAGAUUGCCAUAAUGGAUGACCUGACAGAGGUGCUCUGUACACCCCUGCCCCCUGCUCCACAGAACCACGUCACUGAAAGAUGAGGCCCAAUCCCACCUCCCCCCUGUCCCUGCCAAGCCGAGGGUCUCCCCUCUGCAUACCGCCCCCAGGGAGGAGAGAAGGACUACGGCCAUGGCGCCCGUGCCGGGGCUCCCAGCCCUUCCGACUCCCGGAAUAUUGUUCUCUUUUAGGACCCAUUCAGGAGUGGUCAGCCAGGCCUACAGGGGGUAGUACAUUGCUGAAUUUUCCCUGAGGCAGCCUGUCUGUGAGGCUAGCCCUUUAAUUGGGAACGAGUCAUACUUUCUUCCCUUUUGUUUCAGUUUGUUUCCUUUCAUUUGCACUUAUGAGUUUGGAUUGUAGCUGUGGGACACUUGUUGGUUUAUUUUGUCUCUCCCCUUGUCUUCUCAGUGUAGCUCCCGUCAACGUUUUAUUCUGUUAGAGUAACUGAACAUAAGGAAGCUGGCAGCAGAACUGUUUCAUGGUUUACUUGAUUUAAUGAGGCUGAAUUGUUGACCCUUUUGUCUGUAGGGUGUCCUUAAUAAAAUAAUGUUUUUUGUUUUUGUUUUUUUUUUCUUUCUUUUUUAUUAUUUGGGAACUUUAGUGUUUCAGACCUACAAGCUUUCCCCAGCUCCUGAGGUAUCUGUCCAUGAUGCUUGUUCAUACCUAAUCCUCUCAGACAGACUCUCUGCCCCAUUUCUCUAUUAUCCAUUAUCUCUUUAUCUGACAAAACAGCUGCACCUUUUUUUUUUUGCUUUCCCAUGGCAUUACCAUGUAAGGUCACCUUAAUCCCUCCUCAAUGGUCAUGUGGUCAGCAAAGACCUUCUCCUUCACUGGAUCCUACUGCAGGCAGCCAUGUUGGCUCGAUCCUGGGAGCCAUAAUGGCCAGAAGGCUGUGCUUCAUGGUGCUCUCCCAUCUCAUGCAGCACAAUGACAAAGACAUUGCUUUUGUCUGCUAUGUUUUAAUGCCGUGCUCAUGGGCAGAAAAGUCCAGCUUCCUACAGGCCCCCUAGCAAGUCCCAUUAAGGUCCAUUACAAUGUCCCUCCCAGGUUUAGCAAAAACAUUGAAUGCAAAAAUGAGGCUGAGGAAACGACUGGGUUGGGUUCGUGGGGGACAACACGUGAUCAUGGCAAAAUGAACGUAUUGCUCAGCUCGCCUUACAAGGACAUUUUCUGAAUAGAAAAGUGGAAAAGAAUGUAAAUCUAGUCUUUAUGUAUUUAACUGUUUGUCUAUUACCCAGAGUGAGUGAGAGAGAGAGAGAGAAAGAAAAUAAAGCGUAAGUAAAUACAAAAGAGAAUGAUAUUUUAAUGUCCUCCCUUCAUCACUGUUCAGAGAGUUCUCUUACACUGAGGGUUCUCUUCUUAGAGGGUUGGAUGUUUUUCAUUUUAAUUUAUUUAUCAUUUUUUAUUCAGUUUAGUUUUGGCAUUUUUCAGGGCUCAUCAGUUCCUGGCUUUCAUUUUUAUGUAUUUUAAUAAUACUUAAGUUAAAAGCGAUUUAAUAUUUUAAGCUCUGCAAAUUAUA